AUGACUCAAACAAAGGAUCAUGUUCUCAUAACCGGAGCCGGUGGAUUCAUAGGACAAGAACUCAUCACAUCUCUCCUCAAAGACAUGCCCAACGCUCUCUUCACUCUCACCGACAUCAUCACACCCCCCAUUCCCUCAGGAGCAGAUCACCAGGUCACAUCCCUCAAAGCAGACCUAACAGACCCAUCAGCUGUUACAUCCCUGCUAUCCAACCGCUUCAGCCACGUCUACAUCCUUCAUGGUCUCAUGUCCGGUGGUGCAGAAGCCAAUCUAGAUCUAGGACUCAAGAUCAACGUUGACUCGGUGCGAAGUAUCCUUGACGUGCUACGAACUGAAUAUCCUGGUACAAAGGUGAUAUUCGCUAGCUCAUGCGCUAUCUAUGGUCAGACAGAUCUAGUGACAGAGUUUGGCACACUUCCUCAGCCUAAGAGUUCAUACGGCAUUCAGAAAUUGCUUGUAGAGCUUUUGAUCAACGAUUACUCUCGUCGUGGUCUUCUCGACGGACGUAUCGUUCGAUUACCCACUGUUAUUGUCCGUCCAGGCGCACCAUCAGCAGCUGCAUCAAGCUUUGCAUCAGGCAUUGUCCGAGAGUCUCUCCAGGGAGUCCCCAACAUUCUACCCGUUAGCAGAGACCUCCAGCUUUGGGUCUGUAGUCCUGCUACAGUUAUCAAGAACCUCAUCAAGAUAAAAGACGUUCCAAAGGAGAAGUUCGGCGACUCGAGAGUGGUCAACCUGCCGGGCAUCACUGUCACCGUGCAGGAGAUAUUGGACGCUCUGAAGGAGGUUGGUGGUGAGAAGGCGCUUGCGCAGAUUGAGGAGAAGAGAGAUCCGGCUAUUGAGGCUAUUGUAAAUAGUUGGCCAGCGAAAUUCGAUGUAUCUAGGGCUUAUGGUCUUGGACUUGAGGCAGAUGGAAAAGUGUUGGAUGCUGUCAAGGCGUUCCAGGCAAAGAUUGCCAAGGCUUAG